AUGAAGUCUGCCGUUUCCACCGUUCUUCUUUCUGCUAUGGCAGUCUCUGCCGCCCCUGGCCUCGUCCUUGACGUUGCUGGCCCUUCCUCGGUUGUUGAUGUUAAUGGUCUUACCGUCAAGGCGACCCUGAAGAACACUGGCGACGUUAGUCUUAAGUUGCUGAAUGAUCCUCGUACCAUUCUCUCCAAGGCCAGGACCAAUACUUUCAGCAUCUCCUCUGCAUCUGGAAGCCCCAAAUUCACUGGCCUCAAAGUCAAGUACGUUCCGUCCAAGGCCGCCGCCCUGAACUCGGAGACCGCCUUCACGGUUUUGGCUCCUGGCCAAAGCAUCGAGGUUGAACACAGCUUGGCUGGCGUUUACAACUUCACCCAAUCUGGCGAGGGUGCAUACAGCUUCGGCGCUACCAACGUCUUCAACUACGUUGACGAAGCUGGGGAGCUCAAGGCCAUCGAGGCUUCGUCCAACUCUCACCAGUUCAAGCUCGCUGGGAAGCUCGCAGUCCCCCACGGUUAUACCAACAGCAUCUCCAAGCGUGCUGUGACCUACACCGGCUGCACUUCCACUCAGCAAUCCCAGAUUGCUACUGCUGCAAGCUCGUCCAACACCUAUGUGGCCAACGCCAACUCUUACCUCGCUCGCAUCUCCUCUGGAACCACGCGCUACACGACCUGGUUCGGUACCUUCUCUACCUCUCGCUACAACACUGUCGUAUCCCACUACAAGAACAUCGGAACUGAUGCGACAAGUACCAACUACGACUGCACUGCCUGCAAGUCUGAGCCCGGCAUCGACUACUCUAGCACAUUCGCCUAUGUCAACCCGCCUUCGCCCGGCAAGAUCUAUCUCUGCGGUGCUUUCUGGUCCGCACCCAACACUGGUACUGAUUCUCGCGCUGGAACCAUUGUCCACGAGAACUCUCACUUUACUGUCAACGGCGGAACCGACGACCAUGUUUACGGCCAGAGUUCCGCCAAAUCUUUAGCCAAGUCGAACCCGGCUCAGGCGAUCGAUAAUGCGGAUAACCACGAGUACUUCGCCGAGAAUACCCCUGCUCUUUCGUAA